AUGCUCGCGCAAAGGCCUUCUUUCCGCUUCUUAGCCACCGGUGCUACGGUAUCCCUUGUCAUCCUCACAUUCCUUAUUUUUCAGUUGCGUCCAUCUGGAGACUCCAGUCGAUAUUUUCUGAAGACUUCUGGGCCGAUUCAACGCUGCCAUCCAAUUGAAUCAUCAGCUCUUGGCAAUGGUUCCUGGGAGUUUGUUGUCGGGCGUGACGGACAGAACCAUGGUCUUUCAGACGAGCAGUGUCGUAUUGCAUUCCCGAAGCUUUUCGUCGAGAUCGACAAGUCUGCUUCAUUGAAGCAGGAGAACCAUAUUUCCUACAAGGAGCUUGAUUCCCGGAAUGUGGAGGACGGCAUGGUGCGGGGGAUCAUUGACCAGGGAGAGCUAUACAUUGUCGAUUAUGCUGCCAUGCCUGUUACAGGCACUCGGGCUCGCUCCACAUUGAACUCACUGCAUCGUGCGCUAAAGGCAUACCCGGACCGUCGUCUCCUCCCUAGCAUCGAAUUCAUCUUCACAACAGAAGAUUUCGCCGAAGACUCAUCCGGCCCCGGUCCAAUUUGGGCAUACUCCAAGCGCGAUGGCGAGGACUCAGUGUGGCUCAUGCCCGACUUCGGAUACUGGGCCUGGCCCGAAGUACAAAUUGGACCGUAUCACGAAGUCCGACGGCGCAUUGCCGCAAUUGACGAUGGUGAAACAUUCCCAGAUGGUACUGUUGUCCCAGGACUAGCCUUUCAAGACAAGAAAAAGCAACUCGUUUGGCGCGGCAGCCUUGCCACAAACCCGGUCAUCCGCAGCAAGCUACUCAAAACCGCUCUGAGCCGGAGCUGGGCCAGUGUCCGUGUAAUCGAUUGGGACGACGAGAAUGACAUCCGAUACAACCUCCUACCGAUAGAGGACCACUGCCGCUAUAUGUUUGUCGCGCAUACCGAGGGCAGGAGCUUCUCUGGCCGAGGCAAGUACCUCCUCAACUGUCGCUCGGUGAUGAUCUCGCAUCCUCUUGUCUGGCGCGAAGCGCACCACGGCGCACUUGUUUCAUCGGGUCCAGACGCAAAUUAUAUAGAGGUUGACCAGCACUUUGAAGAUUUAUCCACCAAGAUUGAUUACCUCAUUGAUAAUCCACAGGUGGCGGAGCGGAUCGCUGAUAAUGCAGUGAGGACAUUCCGGGAUCGCUAUUUGACUCCCGCUGCGGAGUCGUGUUACUGGCGGCAUUUAGUCCGCCAGUAUGCUUCGGUUUCAGACUUUGAGCCUGUCUUGUUCUCUACAGAUCGUGAUGGGAAGAAAUCACCUCGUGGCGUUCCUUUUGAGACCUGGUUGCUCAUGCAUUGA